AAUGUCAAUCAGCGUCAUCACUAUCUUUCCUUUGCGGUACCUCAAGCUGUCGUGAUUACCAGCUGAGAUAAACUUUUUAGGAGUUGAUUUUACUCCUGGCUCAGAGUUUGUCAGAGCACUGGCUUAGCAUCACCACCAAAAACCUACGCUGAGCUGGGAGGUUUUUGUUGUCUUAAAACAGGUUUUGUGAUUCAUCUCUCCAGAGAACCUUUCUGAGAUGCCCUCACCUACUCAUUUGUUUAAAUUUCCCUGUAGACAAAUUGACGAUGGCGCUAUCAGAGAUCCAGAGUGUUCUGAAUGUUGUGCUGGAGAAACAGCAGGCGGAGAAAGAUGACCUCACCAAGAAGUACAGGAUAGCGUCAGACUCGUUCCGGCAGGGAGUGCUGCGUAGUCAGCUGACUUCGUUGGCGUCGCGUCAGAAGAGGCUGCUGGGUAUCCUCCAGAAGCAAAGCGACAUCAAGCUCCAGCUCCGCACCCGGAAGGGCCCGACCCUGACUCAGCACUCCCAGACAGGGAGAGAUCAGAACAUCUCCCACUCAUCAACCACCACUUCCAGCCCUGCUCCCUCAGAAAGGAGCCUCGCAGGCAACCAGGAGGGGAGCCACGCUUCCCCCUUGUUCAGCUCUACUGGUAGUCACGACAACCGAGACAAACAAGAAGGUAGUAGCCAGACAUCUCAGGUAGCGGCGCCUCGAACACAUCCAACACAACACCGGGAUGACAACAACAAAAACAACACUACCUUUUCAUCACAACAAGGAAACAGAAACAGCAAACCACAACAUGGAAACACCCCUGACAUGGGAAGCAAUGUGUUACAACAAGGGACGGCCAGUGAUGGAGAAGAGAACAGGAAGUUGAUCAGGCUCAUCAAGAGAGGGGUCAUCACACCAGGAGAGGAUGUACUACAGCUGAUGUGGAGGGGCUGUGUCCACCAGGCGUCUCUGCUCCUAGAAGGCUGGAUCAGAGACAGCGUCACGGGCAGAGAGUUCCAGGCCCCAGAGCUCUGGGUAGCAGCUAUCCUGGGAAACAACAUCCCUGUUUCCUCAGCCUACGCCUGGGACAAGGUGACGUACAGAGACAGGUCUCUGUCUGGUUACUUACUGGGCGUAGUGGACGUGACAUCCCCAGCAGCAGCAUCACAGAAGCCUGCCGAAUCCACACACUCCUCUGCUCAGCCUCAGGAUGUCCCCUCUGCAGGGGCACCUCUCUCAGAGUCAUCGGCAGUACUCAGAAAUAUAAUGCAAAUCAAGUCGAUCAGAUUAAUUGGUGAUGAGGAGUUUGUGCCCCAUCAUAUAAUGGACCGCUACUGGGACAGUCUUACACAGACACACACUGACGACUGGCUGUUUUAAACUCUUUAUUCCCCAUGGAGACACUGAGGACUCAUAUUAAUGUGUGAUUCACUGUUAUCAAUGUUAUUAUUCAAGAUGUACAAGUGGGUGUUUUUAGAAUUAACUCUUUAUCCCACAAAGAGAACUGAACACUCUAGGGCAACUGAUGUUAUAAUUAAGCGAUAAGGCACAAGGGGGUGUGUUAUAUGGCCAAUAUACCGAGGCUCAGGGCUGGUCUUAGGCACGACGCAAUGAAGAGUGCCUGGACACACCCCUUAGCCGCCAUAUACCACAAACCCCGAGGUGCCUUAUUGCUAUUAUAAACUGGUUACCAACGUAAUUAGAGCAGUUAAAAGUAAAUGUUUUGUCAUGCCCGUGGUAUACGGUCUGAUAUACCACGGCUGUCAGCCAAUCAGCAUUCAGGGCUCGAACUACCCAGUUUAUAAUAACCCUUAUAUUCUCACUAAUGUUAUAAUGUGAUGUUUUAAAAAUGACUGUUAUUUGAACACUUAUAAAUGUUAUGAUUGAUUGAUAUUCAAGCCAAUCAAAGUGGUUCUAUGACGUCACCUUUAUAGGUUAAUUUUGUUCUUCCCACGGUUGUGUUUUUCUCCCAAGUGUUGUUGUUGUGAAGCCUAAUUGGUUAUUGUGAAGCCUAAUUGGUUAUUGUGAAGCCUAAUUGGUUAUUGUGAAGCCUAAUUGGUUAUUGUGAAUCCUAAUUGGUUAUUGUGAAUCCUAAUUGGUUAUUGUGAAUCCUAAUUGGUUAUUGUGAAUCCUAAUUGGUUAUUGUGAAGCUUAAUUGGUUAUUGUGAAGCCUAAUUGGUUAUUGUGAAGCCUAAUUGGUUAUUGUGAAUCCUAAUUGGUUAUUGUGAAGCCUAAUUGGUUAUUGUGAAUCCUAAUUGGUUAUUGUGAAGCCUAAUUGGUUAUUGUGAAGCCUAAUUGGUUAUUGUUUUUGUGUAAAGUAAUUCCAUUAUUAUUGGACUUUAUCUAGACGGCCACAAUUACAGCAAGUUUUCUUUUCUUAAGUAAACCAUAAUUGGAUAUUAUGUUAUUGUUAAUUGACAGUAAAAUAAUAUAUAUAUAUAUAUCUAUAAAGUGUUUA